AUGCGCCGUUCCAUCUCCCUUCUCAACUUAAACUCUUCUCUAAGUCUUCAGGCUCAACGCCUCGAAGUUGAUGCGCUUGUGUUGGAAUCCGACGAAGAGGAUGAUGUGGUAUUCGUUUCAAUGAAGUCUUCUCAGUCGCAGUCCUCCCAGGAUAUUGGUUUGAGUGACGAAUCUCACCAGAAUGACGCCGAUCUAGCAAAUGCUCUCAAGGUGGCAAAGAAGAACAUCCAAUCUUUCAACGAUGCUGCGAAAGUUCGCAAUGAAUGCACAUGUUGCCUUGAAGUAAUGUAUCAGCCUUUUAUGUUGUCCGACAUCUAUUUCAAAGCCAGGUAUAAUUUUGCCUGCCCCGAUUGCCGCACGAUUCAAGGCCGUUUCACACCUAUCCCCAACUAUUCCUGUCAACGCAGUGUCGAUGACAUGCUGGAGAUGAAAGGCAUUCCAACUCCUUUGCGUGAGCCGCUGCAAUGGCCGCGUGCAUUCCAAUCCAGGCCUCCAUCACUUCCUUUUGUUUCUCGUACUGGAACAUAUCCCGUUUCUCCUCCCGUCUUUGCGCCUGCUCCGUUUCCCAUUUUCGUCGAUGAUGAUUAG